CACAAUUAUGGAACAUAAGUGAUGCAGAUGUACCCGAAUGGUUGGAGUCUGAGAGAAAUUUGAUUGCGAUUGAUGAAAUCUUAAGACCAAUUCUAGAAGAUGAUUCUUUUACUCAAAUAACUGGUGCGCAAAAACUUUAUAUUCUCACUGAUAUGGAAUAUAAUAAUAUUAUUUUAUAUUUUUUCGACAGGCAUACUGAUAAUUCAGAGUUUUUGAAUGCUGUUGAACGCUUUGAUCCGACUAUACUCUAUUUUGAUGAACCUCUAUCUGUUACACAAACUAUAAUAAGACCACGAAGUGGUGUGACUUUACAUGGUAUACAUAGUAACGGUGGUGGUGGGGUUUCUGCAUUUCAAUCGGCUGAUAUAAUUUUCAGUGAACUAGAUGAUUCUGUUGCUAGAUAUGAUCUUUGGGAUCUUGAGAUUUAUUUGGGGGAUGCAUAG